UUAACACAUUCACUGACUCACUGAAGUGCCAAUACAUAAGAUCAUUCCAUUUAUUCUUCUUGCUUAGACUGAGAUUUGGGUCCUAUGGAAUUUUCUUAUUGCUUGGUGUUUGUGCUUGUUUCUGCUGCAAGCAUAUGGAAUAUCUCUGCAAAUUCCCGUCAUCAACUAGGCGAAAAUGCUGUUGUGCCAAAUGAUGUUUCGAUUCUGAAGGGUGAAGAUAUUGAUCAUCAUCAAGUGGUUAGUCCUCCUACUGCAACUAAGGAGGAUAAGAGGAUAGGAGGAAGGAAAAUGGCAGCAGCGAGGUUAGAGAAGGACGUUAAAGUAGUGGCAGAAGGCGGUAUAAGUGGAACUCGGAGGUCCAACAGCUCCGACCUUGAAGGACAAUCUUCAUGUGGCAAUGUGGAAUGCAGACAAAGUACUACUGCAAGUCGAUUUUCUGAGAAAAUAGUCGAUCAUGAUCAUGAACAUGCAGGUUUUGUAGCUUUUAGUCAGGACUACAAUUCACCAAGGCACCACCCUCCUAAGAAUAACUGAUGAUUAAUGAAUUGAGAAUUAUAUACUAAUUUCAAUAAUGUACUAAUUAAUUAUCAACUUUCUAA